GGUUUUUGGGACAGCUUCACACACACACACACACACACACAUACACACACACGCGCACACACGCACACACCCUCAGAUCUCCAGAGCACCAUCUGGGAAACUACCUGCAACUUCUUUACCAAAUACGACCGCGGCUCCUGUGUGUGUGCGCGCGCGCGUUAUUUUUUUUUAUUUUUUUUUCCUCUUUUGUACUUCCAGCAACACUGACAUGGAGGAACAGCAAAACCACAGCUACCAUUCUGUUUGCCACACCUGCUGGAGAGCAGAAAGGGGCAGAAAUAAGGUCAGAAAGAUGUCCACGUCCAGUCGAUUGCUGGUGUGCGCGCUGGCUUUGUCACUGUGCGUCUUGGAAAUGGCUUCAGCCGAGACGUUAUGCGGUGGAGAGCUGGUGGACGCGCUGCAGUUCGUGUGCGAAGACAGAGGCUUCUACUUCAGCAGACCGAUAAGCAGGUCAAACAGCCGACGUUCUCAGAACCGUGGCAUCGUGGAAGAGUGUUGUUUUAGGAGCUGUGACCUUCAGCUGUUGGAACAGUACUGCGCCAAGCCCGCAAAGUCAGAGAGGGAUGUGUCGGCCACUUCCCUUCAGGUCAUACCUGUGAUGCCAGCAUUAAAACAGGAUGUCCCAAGAAAGCACGUGACCGUGAAAUAUUCCAAAUAUGACCAGUGGCAACGGAGGGCCGCCCAGAGGCUACGGAGGGGCAUCCCACCCAUCUUGCGAUCCAGGAAGUUCAAGCGGCAGGCUGACAUCAAGGCCCAGGAGCAACCCAACUUCCACAAGCCUCUCAUCUCGCUUCCCAGCAAGCUCCCUCCCGUAUGGCAUCCCACAGAAGACUACAUCAGUCACAAGUGAAUCCAGGAUAGUUUGCACAGAGUUGGAAAAAAAGACUAGGGGAUCAUAGCUUUGUAUCUGACGUCAUUUCUGUGGCAGUCCUCUAUAUCCCUGCAUCCCUCCCUUCACACAUGUUCACACUCUUCCAGUCUUUACUCGCUGUUUCAUUCACCAACACAAAAAGGCACAUCACAAACAAGAGCGAAAAAAUAAGGAAAGAAGAAAACGCUUUGGCUAACUGCAAUUUUUGGGUGGAUCCUAAAAAUAAGGAAGAGGAGCAAAGGAAGAAAAGAUAAUGAAAGAGAUACGUGGCUUGCAAAAGUCAAGAGGACACCCCUGCAGAAAGUGGUUUUGUCGGUUUUGGAGGACAUCAGAACUGCUAGCACGAAAAAAAAAACAAAAAAGCAUUCCACAACAUUCUCCUAAGACAGAAGUAUCUCCCAGUUAGUCUUUAUUCUUUUUAGUUACUUUGCACCGCUAACUAUAAAGGGACAUCCACACUGUAAGGAAUUGUUUUGUAAAAUUAGAUUCCUGUUCCAGCACCUUCUAAUCACAAACAAAAAGCAGAGAAGAGUCUGCAAAUUGCACAUUGCCACGGAUUACGUCAAAGUUCUUGUUAAGUAAAUAAAAAAGGCACUAUUUUUUUAUGGACAAUGAACGUGUAGCUCAAAAAAUGUCAUGGUGCUAGCUUUGUGAAUGGACUCAAAGAAAAGGAGGUUGAAAAGCACGUUUUUUUUCUUUGAAUAAUUAUUAAACUUUCCGUUUUAAGGAAAGUGUGACUUUUACAAGGAGAAAACAAGAGCAUAUCGGCUGCGGCAGCGUGUACGUAGGGGAUGCCACCGCAUGCAGAUGUGUAUGAGUGAUGCAUGGCGUUAAAUCAUGCAGCAGUCACGCCGUGUGCCCCUGCUUCCACUGCUGUCACUGCGGUCAGUGGAAGGGAGCAGUGUGGGGACAGUGAAGGGAUGACGUAAAGGCCUGGACUUGGAGGGCUAGUCUCCUUUCUGCCUUGGCUGCAAAAAGCCCUUGCCUUGCACUGCAGGAAGUGGGAGUUAAGGACUUGGAAUAAGUGGGAUUUUUUGUUUAGUUUCUGUUUUCAUUUCAUGAAGAUGUUUCAAGGAAAAAAGGAAAAAAAACUGUUCAGUUUCUGGUACCGUGACAUUCCUGUUGUUGCAAAAUAGGCAUUUUUUUGUCUUUUUUUGAUUUUUUUGUUUUCUUUUUUGUGACAUUUUACAGUUCUGAAGGCACAAAUAUCAAUUCAAAGGGAAAAAAUCGCAAUAAUGUCAACUAACAUUUAUUUUUAAUGUUUAUCAGUAGUAUUCACAUGCUUUUGCCUGAAAACAAAUACUUGAAUAUAUAUAUAUAUAUAUUAUAAAUAUAAAUAUAUAAAUAUAUAUAAUUAGUUUCCAGGGACAUCAUGUUAUAUUCUUUUAGUCUGAGCUGUAUCUUGCGUAAUGAGCCGCCAAGCUUUUUGUUUGUUUGUUUAAGUACAAAUAUGGGCACUGUAUAAAGGCAUUAUUUAUUUUGUUAUAAAAAUAUAUAUAUGAAAAAAUUGGUCCAAAUACAGUAAUAUACGUAGCACUGAUGCUCAACUGACGGAUUUUAUUUUAUAUGCUCUCUUUUUCCCAUUUUACUUGUAAUGCUUUUUUUUGUAGAUGCUUUGUACCAAAAAAUAUUUCCUUCUUUUCUUUUUGGUUUGCCACAGAGCAAUUUUAAAAUCAAUAUUUUAACAGCAGAAGUACCCUGGAUUGCUUAGGCAUGGUAUGUCACACAAAUAGGCACAUACUCUGAAGACUCUCCGCCUUUUUCCUCUCAUGGCUUCUCUUGCAUGGCUUUUUUAUCUGCCAAAUGGAUUUUAUUAAAAAAUACUCAAGCUUGACUUUUAUCACACCUGUUCAAUAUGCAGUGAUUGUACUCAACUUGUUCAGCUGUAAUGGAAAUGGAGAUUUGGAUUUGCCUUUUUUGUCAUUCUUUGCAGUAUGUAUAUAUGAUAAAACAGCAUAGCUAUAAGAGUUAAAUGUUUGCCACAUAUAUUGGGUUUGAGUGGUGUUUAAAAGUAAGCCAUAAGCCAGUAGCUGUAAUGAGGUGUAAUGGGGGAAACCGUCUUUUUACACCAGCCUGUUUCCGCAGACAGCUUUGCAGUCACGGAUCAGUGUAAAAGGCAGUGCCUGUUAAUAUAGUUAUCCUCCCUGGCUGAGCGAUUGACAGCUGAAGUGGUCAGUCUCUUAGUGGUGCACUGAAGGGCAGUGAGGUGAUGCUUGCCCAUUGGAGCUGGGGUCACUCAGAAGAGGGUGCUUUGUUCUAAUGGACUUGUCAUUGUCUGCCUCUCAUCCGCCCUCUCUGCGUCUGUCUCUAUCUCUCUCCAUCGCCCUACAUCCUCCCUUUGCUGGGACAGGUUCCUCAUCCAGUCGAGCAACAUCAAUCUUAAUGAAUUGCUAAAGGGCUAUCUUACUGAACCAUCUUCAAAGCAGUUUUAAUACUCAGGAAGAAACGGUUUUUGAGAGACAGCAAAGAAUGCAAAUGAGCUCAUUUCAUCCUCACUGAGAAAGAGCAGAGUACAGAGGUAACUAAGAGAAGAGAACUUUAAAUCCAAUACUUUUCCCCCCACUUCUCAGAUAUUUCCCACAGCUAGAGAUGGAGGAAAAUGAGCCAGUACUUUAGUUAACAGCAGCACAUUGCUAAAUGUCAUGAAGCCACUACAGAAUCACAACCUACAGUAUACCACUUUGCAUUUACAUUCAUUCAGUAUAUUUGUCUGGUUAUCAAUAUCAGUUGUGUGAUAAAACAGUGUGACUAUUAUUAUUAUUAUUAUAAUAUUAUUAUUAUUACAUUUUUCUGGAGACAUAACGUUUUUUCCUACUUCCUGCUAAGACUGCAUCCACUGUUUUGUUUGAACAGGCUACUUUCUGUGUGAAAAGCGUGAAGAAAAAACAAUUUUUGGGAACAUUUUACUGAACAGCAGCGUUCAUAAGACUACAUGACACCUACAUAAAACUGUCAUUACAAUGGACAUAAACCUAUAUUCACACUUAUAAAGGCUUAUUACAAACGGUGAGCCUAAUGUUGAGGUAAAAAAACAUCAAAACAGACUAAAGCAGCCUGGUGGUUGUUGGAAGAAGCCUUUAUAAAUGUUAAUGUAGGUUUACACCAGUGGUCAGGGCUUAUGUAGCUGUCAUGUAGCCUUAAGUGUUACCAGUUUUUCUUUGCGCCAAAUAUGAAGGGAUCUUUUGCCUGUCAAUGCAACAUAUUAGUGUCAGUAGCCCACUCAGCCUGUGUGUAUUUUUAUUGAUUUAACCUCUGCACGCUAGAAUGUCCGAAAUGCACAAUUCAUGUACUUUCAUUUUUAAUAUCAAUAAAGAAAACAUUUUAUCGAAUAUA